ACGUCAUCGACAUCAAUAUCCACGUCGUCGACAUCAUCGACCCCAGCUCACCUACUUAAAAGAGCUCUAGGGAAAAACCAAGAAGACAACAAAUAAUUCUAGAAGAGGGGCAAAUCUUACCUCUUCAAGCGUCGUUUCCUCAAUCUCCCCCAGCAUUCUGGCGCCGGUAGAUCCGGUCGCCGUCAUUGUUACACGAGAGAAAAGAUAUACCAAGAAAUAUCUUUUCCGAUAUGCCGCACAUAAUGGCCUUUCAAGCCGCUAAGCUCCCCGAUGCGGUGCAGGUCAACGAGGAGGGCAAGAAGCGAAAGCCGCCGGCCGGAGGUUCUGCUCCGUCCGACAACAGAAUCGAUCUGCGGCGUGACUGCGAGCUGCUGUCCAUGCUCCAGCACAGCUGCGAGGUUGCGAGGCCCAAUGAACCUGGGUCUGUAGUCACGUGCUGGCCUGUGAGGCGUCUUUUUAGAAGAUGUCAAGACAGAAAGGGCCCGUUUAUGGUCGAGACAACGGCAUGGGAGGGAUUCGAAGGCUGUCCUGCCGAUAAUCCGAAAGGUCUCGAACAAGCUGUAGAGAACAAACGGUCAGUGGUCGGGAAAGCUUCGGCAUGGCAUAAAGGGUACUGGAGCUGAGAUACCUACUAUGACCUAGACCUACUGUAGAAUCUUGCAAAUCUAUGGACCCCAUCGCCGAUGAUCGUUCAUGUCCUUUCGACCACCCUAAGCCUGGCCUGGUUUCGCGGUGUGCUAUGUACUCAAGUGGGUAUUCAUGCAUCAUUUCACUAGGGAUUCUUUCAUAUGUCAAGUAUCCCACACCAGAUGACUCUCGCCGCCAGUCAUGUACGCGUCCGGAUGCCGUCGAGACCCAACGAGUUACAUGCCUUGGCUCCAUGUAUUUCCUAGAUAGACAAGCCAUAUCCACCAACGCAUCUGCAUAUUCAGUCACAUCCAAAAGAUCAGAGGCUUGCUAUGAAGACAAUUGCACGAGACAAAG